CUCUGACUCUGGAGGAUCUGAAUCUGUUGUUGUUCUCCUGCAGAUCUACAGCCGAAGCCUGAACUCACAUCAGAUCCUGCAGGAGCUGCACUGACUGGAAACACAGUGACUUUGACCUGUCGCAUGAAUCUAACCAGAGACUGGGACAUUUACUGGUACAAACACACACUGAACCCCGAGACAGAGAAGAAGAAAACACACUCCUACAGCCUGAAGAUUGAUUCAGUGUCUGAUGGAGGCCAGUACUGGUGUAGAGCUGGAAGAGGGAAACCAGUCUAUUACACACAAUACAGUGAUGCACUGUGGGUAAAUGUUACAGUGAGUUCUAAAGCUGUGGUGACGGUACGACCUGAUGAACGAGUGUUUAGAGGAGAAACAGUCACUCUCAGAUGUGAUAUAAAGUGGGCAGGAGACACUGAGUGGACAUACAGAUGGGAAAUAGAGGGAACCAACAACUGGGAUAGAAACACGGUCAGCCGGACCUCAACACAAGAGUUGAACAUCAGCAGUGUCGAUCUCUCUCACAGCGGUGAAUACAGUUGUAGAGGAGAGACAUCAGACUCACAGAGAUCACGCAUCAGUGAUGCUGUUACACUGACUGUCUCAGCUGAAGCUCAGGCAUCACUGCGAGUGUCUCCACAGCCGUGGCUGACUGAAGGAGAAUCAGUGACUCUGAUCUGUGAGGUUUCAGGCUCCUCUACAGGCUGGACGUUCAGCUGGUUCAGAGAUCAUGAUCAUCUGUCAGACAGCAGCAGAGGAGCUGGAGGAUCUUACACUCUCAGUCCUGCUGCUCUACAGCACACAGGAGUUUAUACGUGCAGAGCAGAGAGAGGACGACCAGCCUAUUACACACACAACAGCAGCUCACACACACUGUGGCUCACUGGAGUUUCUGCUUCAGUGUCUCUGGUCAUCGAUCCCAGCAGAAGUCAACACUUCUCAUCUCAGUCUCUCUCUCUGAGCUGUGUGGAUCAGAGUAACUCUGCUGGAUGGACAGUGAGAAGAUACACAGACACACACACACAAACCUGUGCCAAACAAACAGGAUCUCGAUGUGUAAUCGACUCUCUCAGCACAUCUGACUCUGGAGUGUACUGGUGUGAGUCUGAAUCUGGAGAGAAACGCCGUCCUCGAAACAUCACUGUACACGACGGUGAGGUGAUUCUGGAGAGUUCUGUUGAUCCUGUGAUUGAGGGAGAGACUCUGACUCUACACUGUUUACAUCGAUCUACAAACUCCCCGAUCUCCAGCGCUGAUUUCUAUAAAGACGGAUCACUGAUCCAGAAUCAGACGACAGGAGAGAUGAGCAUCACUACUGUCUCAAAGUCACAUGAGGGUUUCUACUCCUGUAAAACAGAGAGAGGACAGUCUCUCCACAGCUGGAUCUCAGUCACUGAAGACUUUAAUGGUCAGAUUUCUGUCUACAAAAUCCUCAGUUUUCUUCUGGCAGCUUCUCCGUAUCUGUUAGCGACAGUCGUGCUGCUUUUCAAAUGUUACAGAGCGAGAGUUUCAUCUGCUGAAGACCAAAGUCAGUACGCCGUAACAGAGGAAUAAACUUUUUGACAGAACAAAGUGAUUCUUGCGAUUGUAAUUUAAUGUGGAAUGUACAUUUGUGAUACAAACAAAGGCUAUUGGGGUAUUUUUGCAGAGAAUAAACGAGCCUGACGAAAGACUUUUUAUGUCUUUGUAAACGAGACCCUUAUCAUCU